AAUAAACCCAAAUGAGUAAAGACAAAAACUGGAAAGACCUUGAUAGUGAUGCUAGUUUUGAAGAUUUAGACUGUGAAGAAGAUGAAGCUUCAUCAAAAACAAAAGUUAAUUUAAACAAGUCGAUGCUGGCAUCUAGUUGAUUGACAAGACCACCCAUAAAGAUGCCACAAGUCUCUCAGGUAAUAAAAUCAGAGAAGCCAAAAGAAGAUACCCAGGCAGAUGGCAACGAUUUUUAUGCUGAUGAAAGUGACGACAACCAAGAUGCUUCAAAUGAACCAAGAAAACCUGAAAACACACAUUAUAUGAAGGUAGAUGAUGCUAAAGAAAAUCCAGCUGUUAAGAGCUUUUCUGUCAGACCCUACAACUGAGUAAAAAGCACAAUUGGCCUACCAAGCUAUUAUACCUAUGAAAUCCACACUGAAUGGGAAGGAGAGGAAAACAAAGCUACCUUUGUGUAUCGCAGAUAUAGUGACUUCGAGUUUUUGCGUGAAAGGCUUCUUGAUAUUUUCCCCAAUAAUGCUGUAAUUAUCUUGCCAGCCAAAAGUAUGUGGGCUACUUACUCAGCAACAAGUUCUGAGCUUAUUAGAGAGAGAGUCAGAUGCUUCAAAUAUUUCCUCAGUUUGUUGGCUUCACACUCUUCUUUUUCAGAAUCUGAUGAAGUCAGACUCUUUCUCACCCAACAAAAGGAGUUUGAAGAACAUAGAGCCAAGCUCACCCAACUAAAAGAUGAGGAAAAGAAGAAGAAAAAUAACGCUGAAGGCACAGGCAGUGGGAUUCUAUCAAAUUUACCAGAUUCUUUCAAAUCAGCAGCAAAUUCUCUUGCUUCAACUGUAGCCAGUACUAGCAAAGAGCUCGUGAAGUCAAUAUAUGGUGCAAACUCUGAUGAAAUAGCAAGCUCAGAAAAACUUGAUUGCAUUGAAAAGGUCUUUCAAACCCUCAGAAAUACAGUAGAAGAGCUCAAAUAAAUACAUUGUAAAGUGACAGCAAAAUAAAGCCAAAGAGGCUGAGAACUGACAUGAAUAUAUUUCUAUAAUAUCCAAGCAGCUCAGUACAGAGCAGUUCAAAGAUAAUGAAGCCUUCAAACUCUAUCAAGUUAUUGAGGGGAAUAUCCAAGGAUUUGCUAGCACCAACAGCACAGACAUUGAAGAGAAAUACUUCUUCCAAGUUGAGUCCCACCUCGUCUGGAUCGACUCAGUGUUAGACUUAUUCAAGAGGAGGAAGGAGAAAAAGGAGCGUCUUAGAUUUAUAAAUGAAGAGAUGAAAGGAGGCAACUCACAAUCAGCUGCACAUGAUUACGAGAACGAAAAAUUUUCGAUUGAAAAUACUUUAGAAGACAGCGAAGGAAAAAUUAAUUUUGAAAUAGAUCUUCUCAAGAACGGAACAAAGGAGUUCUUCAAUGAAUUAAUAUGCACUGGCUUGAUGGGCCAACAAAAGCAGUAUAUUGAUGAUUGCUUGAUCAAAUUGGAAGAGUACCAAGAAGACGAUGAAGAUGAGGAUCAUUUUAAUGCGAACAGAUGAAUGCAUAAGACAAAGUCUACCUCGAGCAAUGCCUCUAAUGAUAAUAUGAUGAUGACCUUUGCCAAGCCAACUUCUAAAUAAUAUGCUUCAUGAA